CAGAAAACAACAGCUUGAGAUACCACCAGUGCAGACAAAUGGCAUUCAAGAAACCAGCCAUGUCCUUCUCUUCCCUUCUCCUCCUACUCCUCCUCGCGUCCGGCGCCAUCGCGGCGAGGCCGACACGCCAGCUGACUUCCGGCGAUGACGACGACACCGGUGCUGAUGCUCCCGCUGCCGCACCGGCGGCACUACCCGGGGCAGCCGACGCACCGAUCGCUGCCAAUGCCAUCCCGGCUGCGGCAGCAGGGGCCGGUGCGGGGGUGUCUGGUGGCGCUGCGGCAGCUCCGAUCGCUGCAAGCACUAUCCCGGUGGCGGCAGGGGCGAACCCAGCGAGCGGCGACCACCAGAUGGUCUUCUUCAUGCACGACAUCCUGGGGGGCACGAACCCGUCGGCACGCAUCGUGGCCGGCAUCGUUGACAACAUGGCGGUCACCGGCCAGCUCCCCUUCGCGCGCCCCAAUGGAGCCGUGCUCCCCCUCAACAGCGGCGUCAACGUCAACUCCGGCGCGGCCAGUGCCAUCAACAACAACAACAUCCCCUUCCUUACGGGCCUCGGCGGCGCUACCAACGCGGCCAAGUCCAGCAACAGCAACAACAACAAUAACGGCGUCCCUGUUUUCGCCGGUGGCAGCCUCCCCCAGGGUACCACGUUCCAGAAGCUCCUCUUCGGGACCAUGACGGUGGUCGACGACGAGCUCACGGAGGCGCCGGCACUGGGUUCCGCGGCGGUGGGCAGGGCGCAGGGUUUCUACAUCGCCAGCUCAGAGGAGGGCGUGAGCCAGACAGUGGCGGUCACGGCCAUGUUCAAGGAAGGCGGGUUCGCGGACACCAUCAGCUUCUUCGGCGUGCACCGCACGGCAGACUCGGAGUCGCACCUCGCCGUCAUCGGCGGCACAGGGAAGUACGUCGGGGCGAAGGGCUUCGCCAAAGUGGCCGUGGUGAGGCCCGGAGGGGUGGUGGCGUCCGGCGCGGUGCUCGAGACCGACGGCGUCGAGACCGUGCUCCAGUUCACCGUGUUCCUCAUGUACUAGUGCGUACAAUGGUACACGUGAGGUUGAUGUAUACGCCCUAGUUGUUUGAUGUUGCAACGAGUUGCAUGCAAAACUUAAUCUAUGCUUGUGAAUCUGUGGUUCGUAUGAUUGUCUUUCACUGUUCAAGCUUAUAUAA